CCCGCGUCAUUUAGUCAGGCGACUGUGGGAUUAUAUGGAAAUAUUAACAUAAUUUAGUUUAUACCAGCAAACGCGUUUACUAAAUACGUGAAACCCUCCUGUACUGAAGCUUUGUUAAAAGGGAAAUGCUUGAACUACUCAGAGUAUUGUGUUACUCAUCCAGCCUGUGAGUUUAGUCAGCUGUCAGUUUGUGCUGCUGCUUUUAACACUUAUGUUUUGUGUCAGCGUUUACUUGUCAGGGCGCUUACAGUAAAGGCUUCGUCUGUCAAAAUGCCCAGAGGAGGUAAGAAAGGUGGCCAUAAGGGUCGCGUGCGGACGUACACCAGCCCCGAUGAGAUAGACGCCCAGAUGAAGGCAGAGAAGGAGAGGAAAAAGCAAGAGCAGGAGGCGGAGGAGGCGGGUGCAGCUCCGAACGACACGGCAGAGGAGAAGCUACCAGCGUCAGGAUCAGAUGACAGCGAUGAUGAAAAUUCCCUGAGGAGAAGAGCGGGUGUGGAGGGCUUGAUAGAGAUCGAGAACCCCAACAGAGUGGCUCAGAAGUCCAAGAAGGUGACACAGAUUGAGGUGGAUGAGCCCAGGCAGUUAUCAAGGAGAGAGAGAGAGGAGAUUGAGAAGCAGAAGGCCAAGGAGCGCUACAUGAAGAUGCACUUGGCAGGGAAGACGGACCAGGCCAAAGCUGACCUUGCUCGCCUUGCCAUAAUCAAGAAACAGAGAGAAGAGGCGGCAAGAAAGAAAGAAGAAGAAAAAGGCUAAAGACGCAGCGGCAGCAGCAGCUAGAGGAGUAAGCUCCCUCUCACUGAAAUGAUGAAGUCUUUAUCAGAGGCAUUUUCACAUGUUCAUGGACUGGCGCAAUAUAUAUAUUUGACUGAGGAGGCCAUGCUGUUGACAUUACUGUAAAAUAUGACCAUUUGUAAAAUGAUUGAGGAGACACCAGUGGAGAGAGGGGUUGUGAAUAUUUUGGCAUGGAGUAAUGGCCUCCUUGUUCCCUCCAGGAAGUAAAGCUACAAUUGAGAAUACAUCGGCCUUCAUGUACAUUCAGAAUGAACCUCUUCUAACCUAUGAUCUUGUACAUGUACAAUAAUGGUAUACUUAUCAUUGUACAAUUGCAACUUUGCUAACAGAGCUUUGCCACUAUGUUUUUUUUGGGGAUCUUACAUUGUAUAUAACUGAUUCAUGAAAAUACUUCAGAUUAAUAUGAUGAAACCAGUUAAAUGUGCCCAUUUCUUUAUUAACUUUAUUUCCCUGUGACAAAACUGUCACCACUGGUUUAGAGCAGGAUUUACUGGCCUCAGGUGCAGGAGUCCCUGUUGGGUCUGCUGAUAUGAAAAUGAGAUGAGUCAAUAAAGCAGAUGUUUAUUUUG